GGUGCUCACCUCUACCUGCUCCACAACAAUGCAUCCAUACUGUUGGCGCCAAGCAUGAAGGCAGCAGCCAGCAAUUUCGACACCCGACAUGCUCGUCGCGGCGCGACGAACGGCGGUGGCCCGGCGGCUUUCCCCGGCGCCGGUGCGCGCGCUCUGCUGCUGUCCCUACGACGACGACGGGGUAGUGUCCGGGAACAGGCUGAUGGGCGCGCACCUGAGGGCCGGCAGGCCGGACGCCGCGCGGGAGGUGUUCGACGGAAUGCCGCGGCGGGACGUGGUGUCCUGGAACUCUGCCAUGUCCGCGCACGCGCGGUCGGGCGUGCACGACGGGGCGGCGAGGCUGUUCCUGGAGCUGACGCGGCGCGGGAUCCGCCCGGACGGCACCUCGUUCUCCACCGUGCUAUCGGCCUGCGCGCGCCUGGAGGCUCUGGAGCUGGGGAUGUGCGUCCAUGGGCUCGCUCUCAAGGCCCGCUCCACGGGGAACGUGUUCGUGGGCGCCUCGCUCGUCACGAUGUAUGCCAGCUGCGGGGUUACCGAUUGCCUGGAACAGGUUUUCGGUGACGUCGACAGCCCGAACGUGGUGUUGUGGAAUGCUUUAGUAUCAGGCCUCGUGAUGAAUCACCGGGUAGGCGAUGCCCGCGGGGUCUUUGAUCGGAUGCCGGCUCGUAACAUCGUGUCCUGGACGGCGAUGGUAAAAGGGCAUGUUAAGGUGCACGACGUGGGGCAGGCGGUCGAGCUGUUUAACUUGAUGCCUGUGAAGAACUCCGUGUCGUGGUGUGUCAUGAUAGGAGGACUUGUCCACUGUCAGAAAUUCAGAGAGGCAGUUGAACUGUUCAACUGUUUGAUGAGGAAUGGGCAGCAAGUGACAAAUGCGAUUCUUGUCAAGGUUGUGAAUGCCUAUGCUGGCCUGAAAAGUACUGGAGGCGGCAGGUGUGUUCAUGGGUUUUCUGUGAAGUCUGGAUUCGUUCAUGACCUGAUUAUUGAGGCAUCAUUGGUUGCGGUGUACUGUAACUCCUUAGAUAUUGACGAAGCACGGUUGGAAUUUGAUAAGAUGGACCGUAAGCAUGUUGGUUCAUGGAAUGCCAUCAUAUGCGGCUAUAUUUACGCGGACAAAAUUGAUGAGGCUGAAAAACUUUUUGAUUCCAUGAUUGCGAGAGACAAGGUCUCAUGGAACUUGAUGGUGAAUGGCUAUAUAAGAGAUGGAAGAAUUGCUGAUGCUACCGAGCUAUACUCAAAGAUGCCUGAGAAGAAUGUGGAAGCAGCAACUGCUUUGAUGUCAUGGCUUAUAGACAAUGGAAAGCUAGGUAAAGCACGGGAUAUGUUUUAUAGUUUGCCCCAGGUAGAUGUAAUGUCUUGUACAGCUUUGCUCUUCGGAUACAUGAAAGAAGGAUAUCUAGAUGAUGCACUGGACCUUUUCCAUAGGAUGCACAAAAGGACUGCUGUCACUUAUAAUGUGAUGAUAGCUGGUUUUCUUCAUCAAGGCAAAGUUGCCGAAGCCUACAACCUCUUCAAUGAAUCACCAGCUCAUGAUGCAACGACCUGGAGCUGUUUUGUUACUGGGCUCGCUCAAAAUGGUUUAAUUCAUGAUGCACUUAAGUUGUACAAGAAAAUGCUAGCAUCAAACAUGCACACAAGUGAGUCAGUUGUUUCUAGCCUCAUAAGCUGCUGUUCACAUCAUUCUCUGAUCGUUCAUGGUCUGCAGUUACAUGCCACAACUAUCAAGCUUGGAUUUGAGUUGUAUUUGCUCAUUCAGAACUCACUUAUUAGCCUAUAUUCCAAGUGUGGUGAAAUGGUUGCGGCCCAAAGGAUUCUUUAUCAGAUGGUUAGGAGAGAUGUGGUUACAUGGAAUACAAUAAUUCAUGGAUAUGCAUUCAAUAGCCUUGGUCAAAAUGCUAUUGAAACGUUCAAGAAUAUGAAAAAGGCACAAGUUAAUCCUGAUGAUAUCACAUUUCUUGGUGUACUAUCAGCAUGUAAUCACAUGAACCUUUUGGAGGAAGCAAAACAUUUCUUCAAUGUGAUGACAUGCGAGUAUGGAAUUGUGCCUAACAUAAUGCACUAUGCUUCCAUGGUUGAUCUAUUGUGUAGGAGAGGCAUGGUUGAGGAAGCUGAUGGAUUAGUGAAGUCAAUGCCGUUUGAACCUGAUUCAGCGAUAUGGACUUCUCUCUUGAGCAAUUGCAGAUUGCGUGGCAGUGAUAAGUUAGCAGAGCAUGCAGCGAGUCAAUUAAUUGCCAUCAGUCCUUCUACUAAAAUGCCUUACCUGCACCUCAUCAAUAUGCAUGGAUCAGUGAAUAGAUGGGGUGCGGUCGACAGUUUGAGAAGUCAAAUUAGAAGAACUACCACCGCUAAAGAAGUUGGUUUUAGCUGGAUUUAGCAUCCCAUCAUGAUUCCCUGAUGAUAUACUUUACCAACAGUAGUCGAGUCUGGUACCAAAAUGCUGAGCUGUGUACUCUCUGAUACUGCUGAUAUUUACAGCAGUAUCCACAGCGUAGCCAAUGGUCAUUUUUGCAGACAUUUCCACCAAACAGAAUAUCCCAAGACAGGCACUUGGCCAGAGGGGUCAUCUUAGUUAUACCGAUGUGCAACUGAUCAAGCGUGGAAAACAUCUGUUGGCUGGAGUUGGAAAGAAUAUUGCAGUUUGGCAUUUCCCUCCCAGAGUUGCGUUGAGAUCACACAAACCGGAGGAAGACAAUGCGGAAACUUGGCCAAAGCAGGAACCUCCCUAGUCCCUACCAGUUUACAGAGUUUGGUCAGCAUGGGGGAAGAACCCAGCAGAAAGGUUUGGAUGAAUCGUUCCUCUCCAGGCAAAGGGCAAAAUAGGUUUCAGUUCCUUUGGCAUUUUGCUGAGUAGCAGUGACUGUAAGUCAGAUGCAACCAGAGUCUGCAAGCAAAUGCCCAGAAAAUAUACGUAGGUCAGGUCAUGCCACCUAACACUGCAGUGCUCAUUUGUCAAGGAACGGAUGGCACUGGCCAACGAGCAUGCUCGGCUCGUUAAUGUUCGGUUCGUUAAGAGCUCGCCUCGUUAAGCUACGCACCUCGGCUCGUUAAUGUUCGGUUCGUUAAGAGCUCGACUGGUUAAGCUACGCAGCUCAGGGUAGGGAUCACGACUGCGGACAGGAAAAACGGCACUAAUUGUCAUCAUGCAAGCUUUUAUUCCAUAUUUUUUUGUCAUUGCAAGCAACACGGCGUGGCUGAGAGCGAAGCAGAACUGGCUGGUAAAUCAUGGGAUGAAGCGUGAUUUGUCUCCUUUCGGUGCUUCUCUGAACUCUGUUCUUGUACCAUUUCUAUCGGAGUUUCUGUCGGCUCCGGGUUACUAUUUACUGUCGUCUAAAUUCUUUUCAAGAUACGGGAGAGAACCAUCUCUCUCUAAUAUAAUGAUCCCUAUGUUUCAAAACAUAAGAUGUACUUCUUCGUUUCCUCCGACCAAUAAUGCAUUAAUAUAUACUAACUGACAUAAAAUUGAUAUCGCUAUAUUCAUAUUCAAAAGUCUUGAUCAAAGAAAGCAACAUACCUCUUGUAUUUUGUUCGAGACCAUGUAUAUAUCAGCAAACACGAGAAUAGCACAUUGAGCAAGCUCUUUCCCAGAUUCAUGUAGAAACUGAGCAGAUUUUGUUUCAAAACCAUGUGUUCCAAACGAGGCUUAAAAGCAACAAAAGCACGGACAUAUGCUCAGCUCUGCAUACGAGAGAUUAAAAAAAAA